AUGAAGUCAUUCAUCCCCGUACCACACGGCUCCGACUUCCCAAUACAGAACUGUCCAUAUGGAGUGUUCUCUACCAAGACCAAUCCCAGACGUCGUAUAGGGGUUGCUAUCGGCGAAUGUAUUUUGGACCUCUCAGCAAUCGCUCAUCUUUUCGACGGUCCUGCGUUGAAGUCUCAUCAGGAUGUCUUUAAGCAGGAGACAUUGAACGAUUUCAUGGCUCUUCCACAAACCGCAUGGCUUGAAGCGCGUUCGACGAUCCAGAAGCUGCUCAAUGACAACGUGACUACGCUCAAGGAAAAUCUGGAUCUGAGAGACAAAUCCAUAGUUAACCAGAAAGAUGCUACCAUGCACCUUCCAGCCACUAUCGGCGACUACACGGACUUCUACUCGUCAAUCCACCAUGCCACUAAUGUCGGCAUUAUGCUUCGUGGAAAGGAAAAUGCGCUCAUGCCCAACUGGAAAUGGCUGCCAGUUGGUUACCACGGACGUGCUUCUUCGGUUGUGCCAUCGGGAACACCUAUUCGACGGCCCCAAGGACAGGUGAAGCCUGAAGGGGCCAACGAGCCUUCUUAUGGACCUUCUAAAUUGCUGGACUUUGAACUGGAGAUGGCAUUCUUCGUUGGUGGUCCGGGUACAGAGCUCGGUAAACCAAUACCAAUCGAAAAAACCGAAGAGCACAUUUUCGGUGUUGUGUUGAUGAAUGACUGGAGCGCACGUGAUAUCCAAGCAUGGGAAUAUGUGCCGCUUGGUCCGUUCUUGGGCAAGUCAUUUGGCACAACAAUUUCACCUUGGGUAGUCUCAAUAGAAGCGCUACGUCCGUUUAUGGUGUCAAAUCCGAAACAGGAUCCGGCACCUCUGGACUACUUGGCACACUCAGAUCCAUUCACACUAGAUGUUGAUCUCGAAGUGACAAUCAAGCCAGAGGGUGGCUCCGACCAUACUGUGUGCAAGACCAACUUCCGGCACAUGUACUGGACAAUGAAGCAGCAACUAGCUCAUCACACGGUGAACGGCUGCAAUGUGAAGCCAGGUGACCUCAUGGGGUCGGGUACUGUGUCAGGACCUGAGGAAGGAGCAUACGGCUCGAUGUUGGAGCUGUCAUGGCGAGGGACGAAGACGGUGGCGGUCGGCAAUCAAACGCGAAAAUUUUUACAAGAUGGCGACGAGGUGAAUCUUAUCGGAGUCUGUGAGAAGGACGGUGUUCGUAUCGGUUUCGGCGAUUGCCGUGGGAAAGUGCUACCGGCACUCUAG